AUGGCCAGCAUUCAGGAACAGCUUAAACACAUCCGAACGUCGCAAGAUGACUGGUAUAGCGAACAUCGCCGAAUCAUCGGCGAUCUUGCCAGAAUAGAGCGCCAGCCAACUCCUCCUCCGCCAACCCUUAACCCCGAGACUAAAGCAUUUAUUCCAGAAGCAGACAGCCGUGGUCAGCUAAGAGAUAUUGCUGCUGCCUGGUAA